CGCUGGCAUUUACGUGUCCAUCAAUGUCAACUCGAGGAGACGCUGGAAAUCGGCCAUCAGUGUCUUAUCAUCUGAUGAAUCUGUAGCGUGGGGGGAUACCGUAACCCUGUAAAGUCCAUGGAAAUCUUCUGACGUGAUGCAAGAACUGAUCAUUGAUUUAUAGACCAUCAAAUACCUCGCCUGCAUUGUCAAUAGAGAUCAGGGCAUCCUAUGAGUUUGGUCGAAUGCUAGGCGGUGGAGAGGUCCUCGGAGAACUUGAAAUGUCGUGGGAUGAGCUACUCGAUCAUGGAGAUCACCCAUUUGAUCUAUCUUUCCCAGCCGUGCGCGGUGUCCAACCUUCCAUCACACUGAAGGUUGCUGUUGUACAUGCUUGGGACGAUCAAAACGGCGCACUGUUUGAUUCCCUCGUGGACUGCGAGAUUGCUCGAGAUACAGAUGCGGGCCACGCACGAUUUGCUGCGUACGCGACGAGCAAGACAGUCUCUGACUUGAACGAUGCUAUGGAUCAUUUUCAGUUGGUCCUGAACCAGUGUCCGGUCGGCCAUCCAGACCGCGCAAUGGCUCUCACCAACCUCGCGUGGGUUCGCCUUGUGGGCUACAUCCAAAAUGAUGUCGAAGACAUUGAUACUAUCACUUCCCUCUUCCGCGACGCCCUUGCAUUGCGUCCGCAGCACCAUCCCGAUCAUCCCUUAUCCCUAUAUAAUCUCACCAAAGCGCUGACUUGGCGCCACUCCAGGAAAAGUACUGCUGCAGACAUCUGCGAAGCUGCCCAACUCUAUCAUGAGCUACUGCCUCUCUGUCCAGAGGGCACGUACCUUCGCAGCAUCGCGGCAGGAGGAAAAGAUGUUGAUUAUGUGAUCGGCGGAUGCAACAAUCUUCCAACAGACGCAUCCGAUGAAGGCAUCCACCUUCAAAGAGUCGUCCUAGAGCUCUGUCCUCUGGGCCAUCGACUUCGUCCCAGAACCCUCGAUGAGCUUGCACGAGCAGUUAAAGCACGGUUUGAUCAGCACGGCAGCAUCGAUGAUCUUGACACGUGCAUACAGCUUUGUCGUGAAGCCGUGUCUCUGUGUCCCGAGGGACAUGCUGGCCGUGAUACCUACCUGAACAACUUGGCCUUUUCACUCGUGUCCCGCUUUGAGCACCAAGGCAAUCCUAGUGACCUCAAUGAGGCCAUCUUUAUGUAUGAAGAAGCGCUGCACCUGCGCCCUGUUGGGCAUGAAUCUCGUGAUUUAUUAUUGGACAACCUAGGGGGCGCCCUCAUCGCCCGUUUCAACGAAUGCGGCGAUAUUGAAGACAUGACCCGAGCUAUCGGCCUCUAUCGUGAGGCCCUGACGUUGCGCCCACCUGGACAUUCAUCUCGUGACACCACGCUUCACAACCUUGCCUUCGCCCUCGCGCUCAAAACCCGAUAUGGCAAAUCGCAAGUCAGCAAGGAUCUCAACGAGGCCAUUGAUUUGUAUCGCGAGUCCCUUCGGUUAACGCGGCUUGACGAUCCAGAGCGCCAUAUAAAUCUUUUCAAUUUGAGCUCGGUGCUCUGCUCUCGUUUCACGCAAGCUCAGAAGAAUGAAGAUGUUGAGGAGGCCAUUGCUCUUUGCCAAGAAUCAUUGGCGGCUCUGUCUUCACUGCACCCGGACAGGUGCUUCAGUUACAUGCGGCUGCAGGAGGCCUAUUUGUCUCGUUACCGGAUUCUACACGACCCUGCUGAUUUGUCGCUUGCAGUGAAGAAUUUCAGACUCGCAUCAAGGCACCCUACUCAGGGCUUUCCGUACCGUAUUAUAACAGCCCGGGAUUGGGUCGCCACUGCAGAGACACACAGUCAUACAUCUGCACUGGAGGCCUACAACACAUGCUUCGACCUUCUUGAUGGUCAUGUGGCAACGCGAUCAUCAACAAUUUCACGACGCGAAGCUGCUGCUGCCUUCAAGGGUGUCAGAUCGCUGCCUGUAGAUGCAGCAUCGUGCGCUAUCCGCAAUGGCAAUCUAUGGCACGCAGUCGAACUUGCAGAGCAGGGUCGUGGCCAGCAAUGGUCGCUGGCAUCUCGACUCAGGACUCCAGUUGAAGACCUUGAGUCAGCAAAUCCGAAACUGGCGCACAAUUAUUUGGAACUGAGCAAACUCGUUUCCAAUGCAGCCCAGACUUCUGCAACCAUCACUGACAGCGCUGCUGCUGAUCGGGCAGCAGUGGGGUACAGGAGACUUACAAGGCAAUGGGAAGCUGCGGUUGCUGAAAUACGUGAUCUUCCGGCGUUUUCGCGGUUCCUACUCCCACCUCUGUAUACAGACCUGCAAGCGGCAGCGCGCCAGGGCCCGGUCAUCAUCCUCAUUGCGAGUCAAUACUCAUGCAGCGCCAUCAUCGUCCCAACGUCAGGAGACCCCCAUCAUGUUUCCUUGCCAUCUGUCACUCUCGCAGAUCUGACCAAUCUCAAGGACCGCGUCGCCAGGGCAAUACGACAAGCAUCUGCCCUGGGCCCAAAAGUGCCGCGAAACGAUCUAAUAGUCCUCUUGCGGACAGUUUGGGACGAGAUCAUGCUACCCAUCGUCAACGUCCUCCAACAUGAUCUAAAACUAAAAUACUGUCGAAUCUGGCUAUGUCCAACUGCAGCCUUCACAUCUAUUCCUCUCCACGCAGCUCAUCCGUUUCGAACCAACCCAGAUGGCUCUAGGGAGCAAUGCCUGGAGGAUCUCUACAUCUGCUCUUACACCCCGACACUUUCGGCUCUAGUCAGAUCUAGACAGACGAUGAAGAAGCGUGUCACUCCAUCCUUCGUGACAAUCGGACAGGGUCAACCGGGUGCAGGGAAAGGCAAGGCGCUCUUGGCCGUCGACAGCGAGCUCGAGCUUGUCCAUAAGCUCGUCCCUGCGACGGCUAAACACACUACUAUUUCUGGGGACGCAGCCACACGAGCAGGUGCUCUCGAAGCUUUGCAAGAGAACACCUGGGUGCACCUAGCUUGUCAUGGCAAGCAGGACCCAAAGCAGCCUUACAAUUCCCAUUUCGUCAUGAGAGAUGAAAAUCUCACGCUGCUCGAUAUCAUGGAGAGAGAUAUUCCGCACGCUGAGUUCGCGUUUCUAUCGGCGUGUCAUACCGCCGUGGGGGAUGAGGAGACUCCCGACGAAGUGAUACACCUCGCAGCUGGUCUCCAGUUUUCAGGGUUCAAGAGCGUCAUUGGGACGCUGUGGCAGGUCGACGACUCUGUUGCCAAACACGUCGUCAAAGCCUUCUAUGAGAACAUGUUCCCAGAUUUGAAGGAUGGUGGUGUGAUGGACUGUACGAAGGCGGCCUGGGCACUGAACCGUGCUACGCACGCCGUGAAGACGACAGUGCCGCUGGAGCAGAGGAUGGUUUUUGUUCAUAUUGGUGUGUAGUUCUACGUCGUAUUGCUGUCGUCUGGCACGUAUUCACAUGUUGUUGAUUUGCGAUCCUUUCAUCCUGUUGUAUAAUUGAUUAGG